AUGGUGCUUCAAGAUAUAGAAAACCAAGCUCUAGACAGCUUCACCGACAACCCCAACCCCUCCGAUAACGACCCCUAUGCCUCCCCUUCCUCCCCUACCCUCGCAAACGGCGAGCGCUUCGACGCCUCCAACAUGCCACGCCCAAUCCCGCUCGUUGGCCCCUUGAUCGGCUUCUCCGAGCGCGCGCUCCGCUUCAAAGCCGACACCACCUUGAAAUUCGCCGAGAAGAAACUCGGCCGCACGCUGCACCCCGAGGAAGCACAAGCGCUCGCCUUCCACAUCUACAAGCUCGAGAAAUCCAAAAGCUAUUAUUCAGCAGGCGGCGCCGCAGGUGGCGUGUACAGGUGGUAUGCCACGAUGAACACGUACCAGUACCCGUUCUACAAGCCCAAGAUUGAGAGCAUCGAUCCGAAUAAAUUUGGCCCGAUUAAAGGGCCUGCUGCGAAUCUGGCGCGGCAGACGUGGAGGUUUGGAUUGUAUGCGUUGGUGGCUGGGCAGAUGGGGAACAUUAUUGGGCAGUUGAUUGCCCAGCCGAUUGCGGCGUACGAGACGAGUGUGGAUCCCAAGUUGGAGGAGUUUGGGAGGGAGAUCAAGGCUGCGAGUGGGAGGGAUGAGAAGGCGAAUAACGAACGUGGAAGGAUGAUUGAGGAGAGGAGGAAGGAGUUUGAGGCUAGAAGACGGCAGGAGGGGACUGGGGGGAUGACGCCGCCGCAUGGUGGUAGGGGGGAGAGAAGACAAGCACCUCCAAUCGCGGGUGACGAUGAUGAUAUGAGUCCGACGGCUGGGAAUGAGGCGUGGGGAUCUUCGAACUCGUCUGGUUCGUGGGGCGACUUUGCGAAUGAGGAACAGCCGCGACCACAGCCCGAGCGGCAAUCCGUCGAUGUACGAGCGCGUCGACUGCCUCCUUACCAGUCCACUCAGCCCUCGCCAACAUCCUCAUCGUCCCCCUUCGACGACGACACCUCCCCGACAGGCGGCCUCUUCCAAUCCGAAACUACAUCCCAAACUGCCCAACAACCCGCCUCGCGCCCCGGUGAGUCCUCAUGGGACCGCUUGCGUCGCGGUGCAGGCAAUGCCUCUCCCCAAGGCGCAUCCCAGGCCGACCGCAUUCAACGCUUUGCCACCUCCCGACAGAGUAGUAGUGGUGCGGAGGAAUCUACAGUCGGCGACAACUUCACAUUCGUGAAAGGCAAGGAUGCCCGGGAUGCGGAAAGGGAGAAAGCGCAGCGAGAGUUCGACGAGAGGCUUGAAAGAGAGAGGAGGGGCGGUGAUUUUAAUGAGGGAAGUGGGAAGAGGUGGUAG